UUGUCUCUGAUGUACCGGUGCCCCAAGACUGCCGGCUCAGGUUGGGGGCUGUGCAGGGCGCGCGGGGUGCCAGCCCGCCUCAACCCGUUGUCCUGGUGGCGGAGGUGACCCGGGCUCUCAGCCGCUUUCGUGGCUGGUGGUUCCUGAGUAAUUUGGCUAGAAUGGGCUGUAGACCCGGAGCACAGUAUAAAUCUCAGGACACUGGUCCACUCCACAGAUUUUCAAAUUUCUAGGAAUGUUUGGUGUUCCGGAAGCAUCUCACAGUUGAUGGUAUAUGUCAAGCAUGUUCUGGUCUGAAUCCGUAGCCCAGUCAGAAUACUUGCCUUGUUUGUACAAAGCCCUGGUUUGGAACCUGAUCACCAUGGUGUUUCAUGUAUUUGUAGGAUGAACUUUUAUUUUUAAAAAGACAUUGUCAGCUGGGCGGUGGUGGCGCACGCCUGUAAUCCCAGCACUCUGGGAGGCAGAGGAUUACAGAUUUCACAGAGACUGCAAUUGGACCCCAGUUAUUCUCCAAUCAAAGUGCUUUUGAUUAACUUCAUUUUGAAGAAUUUUAUAUAAGCAACACUAAAAGAUGGAAGAAAAAAGUGGUGAUGCAAAGACUUUCUGGAUGGAGCUACGAGAUGAUGGUAAAGUUGACUUUAUGUUUGAGAAACUACAAGAUGUCCUACAGUCACUGAAACAGAAGAUAAAAGACGGGUCUGCCACAAAUAAAGACUAUGUCCAAGCAAUGAGUCUAGUAAAUGAAGCAACUCUGAGUAACAACCAAACAUUGGAAAAGGAUCCUACACCUGUGACUCGGAAUGAAGAGGAAAGCAUCUCAAAUGCACUUCCCUUUACAUCACAGGGGGAUGACUCUCCUGAGCCCUGUACACCUCGUAGAUCUACAGGAAAUAAAUUAUUCCUCCCUGUGAACAAAAAAGCUGAAGAUUUAGUGAAGAAGGAACCCCCUAGGCAUAUAUCUUUCCAACGCCAUAUCUGCUCCAGGGCUUGUCUAAUGGAAACACCACUGUCCUUGAAGGGAGAAAACCCUCUGCAGCUACCAAUCAGAUGUCACUUCCAAAGACGACAUGCAAAGACAAACUCUCAUUCUUCUGCCCUCCAUGUGAAUUAUAAAACGCCCUGUGGACGGAGUCUAAGAAACAUGGAGGAGGUUUUCCAUUACCUGUUUGAAACAGAGUGUAACUUUUUAUUCACAGACCACUUUUCUUUCAAUACUUAUGUCCAGUUGACUCGGAAUCAUCCAAAGCAAAAUGAAGUUGUUUCUGAUGUGGAUAUUAGUAAUGGAGUGGAAUCAGUAUCAAUUUCUUUCUGUAAUGAAAUUGACAACAGUAAACUUCCACAGUUCAAGUAUAGGAAGACAGUACGGCCUCGAACAUACCAUCUGAACUUUUCCAGCAUGUUUUCUGAUUCAUGUGACUGUUCUGAGGGCUGCAUAGACAUAAAAAAAUGUGCAUGUCUUCAGUUGACAGCAAAGAAUGCCAAAGUAUAUCCCUUGUCACCUGAUGCAGAGUGUACUGGAUAUAAAUAUAAAAGACUGCAGAGACUCAUCCCUACUGGCAUUUAUGAAUGCAACCUGUUCUGCAAGUGUAACCAUCAGAUGUGUCAAAACCGAGUCAUCCAGCAUGGGCCCCAGGUGAGGCUGCAGGUGUUCAAGAGUGAGAAGAAGGGCUGGGGAGUGCGCUGCCUGGAUGACAUUGACAAAGGGACAUUUGUGUGCAUCUAUUCAGGAAGGUUACUGACCAGAGCCACUCCUAAGAAAAGUAAUAUUGGUGAGAACGGAAGAGAACAACAGCACAUUGUAAAAAAUUCAUUUUCCAAAAAGAGGAAAAUAGAAGUUGUAUGUUCAGAUUGUGAAACGCACUGUGAAAGUCCUAAAAAUGAGGAAUGUCCUCCUAAGUUUACCAGUGAUCGCAAAGAGCCUGCUGUGGAAAUGAUCUAUAGAAAUAUUUCAAGAACUCAGCGUCAUUCAGUGAUUAGAAGACCUAAAUCCAAGACAGCUGUUAUUCAUUACAAUGAGAGAAACAUGGGAUUUGUUUGUUCAGAGUCUGCUACCCCAGAAGAUAAGAACGGAUUUAAACCAACUCAAGAACAUGAGAACUCUAAAGCUGGGAGAGCUCACGAGGACUUAAAUUCAAACCAAGCUGGAGAUUCUGAAGACAAACAGCUGACUGAAUCAGAUGUGAUAGAUAUAACUACAAGCAGAGACACGUCCCCAGAACACAGGUGUAAGCACUCCGCCAUAUUGAAUAGUAAGAACACAAAACAGGUGCUUGAAGUCCCAAUAACACAGUCCCAAGAAGAAGAGCCUGCAGCCUCUCAGAGCCAGCAGGUCUUGUGUGAUGAGGAGCUGCCAAGUGAGAGGAUAAAGAUUGCAUCUGCUUCCCUGAUGCAGCUCAGUAAGGAGAGUCUGUUUCUACUGGAUGCUUCAAAGGAAGGAAAUGUGGGCCGUUUCCUCAAUCAUAGUUGCUGCCCGAAUCUCUGGGUACAGAAUGUUUUUGUAGAAACACAUGACAGGAAUUUUCCAUUGGUGGCCUUCUUCACCAACAGGUAUGUGAAAGCAAGAACAGAACUAACAUGGGAUUAUGGUUAUGAAGCUGGGACCAUGCCUGAGAAGGAAAUCCUCUGCCAGUGCGGGUUUAAUAAAUGUCGGAAAAAAAUAAUAUAACUUUAUAUCUGAUAUCCAUUCAUGAAGUGAACUGAGCAAUGUGGAACUAUAUCAGUUGUCACUGAGAUUAUGAAGGGUUAAUACUUCUGUUUCCUUUGUUCAGGGUAUUUGAAUGUUUUAUGUCUAAUUUUGUGUCUUAGGUUAGAAACCUCAUGCAUCAAACAUCACAUGUUAUUACAGUUAUUUAACUUUACAUGAGUAGAAUGUAAAUAAUAUAUUUUAUGUACAUGCCACUGUAUAAUUUAUAACUUUUGUAUUUUAUAUAUUAAUACAAAAUUAUAAUAGAAUUUGUAUGGUUCUAA